AUGGCUCCCCGAUUAGUUGUUUUGAUUUCUGGAUCUGGCUCCAACCUACAGGCGCUGAUCGACGCUAAGGCGAGGAACGAGCUUCCAGUUGACAUUGUAAGCGUCAUUUCAUCCAGCAAGAAAGCCUACGGUUUGGAAAGAGCAGCGAAGAAUGGCAUUCCCACCAAAGUACACUCUCUAUACCCCUACACUAAAGGCUUAGUCAAAGAUGAUAAGACUGGUAGAUCUUUGGCCAGGCAGAAAUUUGAGAAAGAUCUGGCGCCUGUUAUCAUGGAAUUCAAGCCGGAUCUCAUAGUAUGUGCCGGUUGGCUUUUGAUUUUAGGAACAGACUUCUUGGACCAAGUCAAUGGAAUUCCUAUCAUCAAUUUACAUCCGGCACUGCCAGGAGCAUUUGAUGGUACCACACAUGCGAUUGAAAUGGCUUGGAAGAAAUGUCAAGAAGACCAAACUCCAUUGACAGCCGGUUGCAUGGUGCACUACGUAAUUCAAGAAGUCGAUCGUGGAGAACCGGUUAUAGUCAAGGAAAUUGAGAUAGUGCCCGGACAGGACACUCUGGAAGAGUAUGAACAGAGAGUACAUGCUCAGGAACAUGUAGCCAUUGUCGAGGCAGUUCAAAAAAUAUUUGGCCUGUAA